GCGGCGGCGCAUGAAUAUUAAUUAGAUGACGCAACUGAGACGAAGCAAUAAAUAUUCAUGAGAUUCUGUGACGGCUGCGGUCGUGACUCAAAGUAAAACGAAAAAGACCACCAACACAAGUGACAGCCACAAGCAGGAAACUCCCUCUUCCAAAGACCGCGUAAAACAAUAUCGGUGUUGAUUAAAAAGAUUUUCACGGCAAAUAAGAUAAAAGAUAAAGGCUGGCGAAAACAGAAGGCUUUUGAAAAUGUCCGGAGCGGAGUUUGACAGGGAGUUUUUGUACAAGUUACCCGCGUCUGUUAUGGACGCCUUUGCACGGGUUAUGGACUCGCUUUCGCGCUCGGACUGGAUAUCAUUCGCUUCACAGGUAAUAUCAGACCAGACAGAACUACGUCUUUUGGAACAAAGCUCCAGACGGACAGACAACCUGAUGCACAAAUGGGGCUGUCGCAACGGGACGGUCGGAGAGCUUCUGAAGAUUCUUGAGGGCUUGCAGUGGUUUAGGGCCCGUGAUAUCAUCCUUGAAUGCAGACGUAUACCACCGAUUCAUUCAGAGCAGCAGUCACCUUCAAUGGCGCCAACAGUCUCUUCAUGUUCCACUUUUGUCAAAGAGCCUCUCCCUAUCCCUGAAGUCAGACCUCUACCUAAGCCUAGCCCGCCACCGCCUGAUCUGGCCUCUAUGGAUUCAAGAAUUUCAAAUGUAGAGUGCCCGUAUGUGAACCGUGUGGAUCCCCCGCCUCUUUCCUCAACUGCAAUGAGCUGGCCAUUUGAGGAAAUCCAGAGUGGCACAUGCAACUUUUGCCCACUCUAUCAGAUUGGAGAAGGAGGUUUCGGACACGUGUAUAAAGCUUUGAUGAGAAACACUGAAUUUGCUGUAAAGAAGCUAAAAGAGGACUCCCAUUUAGACUGGAAUGUUGUGAAGGAAAGUUUCAGGACGGAAGUAGAAAAACUAUCGCAAUACAGACAUCCCAACAUAAUGGACUUUGUUGGCUAUAGUAUAGAGCGACAAACUUAUUGUUUGAUAUAUGUUUAUAUGCCAAAGGGCUCCUUAGACGGCUGUCUUCAAUGUAAGGAUAGCAACGCCCUCUCUUGGUCGCAGCGUGUAAAUGUGUUGCUGGGAACUGCCAAAGCUAUUCAGUAUCUGCAUUCUUGUUCACCUGCACUUAUUCAUGGAGAUAUCAAGAGCUCUAACAUCCUUUUAGGGGACCACCUGGAGCCCAAGCUAGGGGACUUUGGAUUGGCACGUUUUUGCAAGAACCCUAACAAAACCCCAGGCAAGACUUCCACCGUAGCUCAAACCGCUAAGGUCCAGGGAACUCUUGCAUACCUACCAGAAGAAUACCUGAAGGAUGGACAGAUGGGGGUAGAGAUCGACAUCUACAGCUUUGGAGUGGUAAUGCUAGAGGUACUUACUGGACGCCAGGCUCUGGAGAUCGAUGACCAAUCCAGAACUGUGUACUUGAAAGAUUUAGUAAAAGAGGAGGAAGAUGAUGGAAGAAGUUUCAGCAAGGGGAGGCACUCAAAGGAGCUGUCCUAUGCUUACGCAGCAGAGAACAUCUGCAGGAAACAUCUGGAUCCUCGACUGACUAAAGAAAUACCUUCCCCGCAUGGAUCAAUGGAAAUCUCUCAGCUGGCAUGUCAGUGUUUAGACCGACGGAGGAAGAAGAGACCUCGUAUGACAAAAGUCUUCAAAGCACUUCAAGAUGUGGAUUUAGAGUCGAAGACCUCUGGCAGGUCGACUACGUUCAGAUUGUCUCCCGUAUCAUCUCAUCCAUCCACCCCUGAGCCUCUGCGCUCCGACACCAGCUCUCUGAACUCUCUUACAAAUCAGUUCUCCAAACUCCGCCCUCAAGAGGACACGUUCCCCUGCCUUAAAAACACUGUCUGUCCCACCUUGACCUCUGCCGUGACUCAGUCCAGCUGCUCCGAGUUGGAGUUCAAUGAUGAAUCAUGGGCUUCACAGUCCUCUGGUGUGCCGUGUGAAUCAGAUGAGAGUCAAGGCUUCUCUCAGUACUUGACAAGUCAGUGUAGCAGAGCUCAGGCCAUGUCAUGUGGGGCCAGUGGCGUUCAGAGCACUAAAACAGGUGGUUCUCUAGCUGAAAACUCAAAGUCCAGUCCCAACGAAGAUUUUACUGAAAAGAAAGUAUUUAUCAAUCCUGUGAAGCAGCGACUGGUCCAAAAAAUUGAGCUUUAUGAAGAGGGAAGGAUUUUAACUUCUGAUCUGCUGUCAUCAGGCACCUCUUUAUACCGGGAGAUGAACGCUGAAACGAGGGAGCCUGAAGAGAGUGAUGAGUUUGCAAGCGAGACAUCUGGAAUCAACAUGCAGUCUUCUGCUACAGUUUAACACUGGACGCUUGGAGGAGGGAACCCAGCAAAUAUGUUGUUCAAAUACUCAAUGAUUUAUUCACAGCUUGAUGCUACUUUUUUUACAGUUGUGGUCGAGAAAAUACCUUCAAAAAUACCUCAGCUAAAGCUGCAAAUUAAUAAACUUGUCUUAUGGCAAUAGAAAGCGAACAUGGUACGGAUGAAGAAAGCACUGUAGUUAUGAACCUGUAAAUCUUCACUGACAAGCAAACAAAAUAUAAAAGUGCAUAAUUUGUUAUACGCCAGUUUUUUUGGCGAUUUAAAUGUCUGUCUGUUGCAUGUUUUUGUCGUAGUUUUCAGCAGGAUUUUUUUUUUUUUAUAACAAUGUCAAGACUAUGAAUUAUGGACUAAUCAUCUACUUGUAUGAGAGUACUAUAUAACAUUAACGACUAAUCUAUUUCUGUGGUACUAACUGGUGAUUGUUACAUACAUUAAACCUUUAGCCUGUACAAUCUUCAUCAUGCAUGUUUGAUUUGAUUUUUUUUUUUUUUCCCUACAUACUGCAAUGUCAAGUUUUAUUUGAAACACUUUGUGUGUGCUGCUGUUGGUUUUUUAAUCAGGGCCCUAAAUGCAAUUUUGCACAUUUCUACAUUCAGCCCUUUGUAACUGUAUACAACCGUUUUAAAUGCACCCACUUAAUGUGCUCUUUUGAAAGAAAAAAGAAAGUCAAUUUUUGUGUCAAUUAUCGAACUUUUUUUAUUUAAAUUUUUUUAUAAGCAGUGAAGUGUUUUGUAAACAUAUAUUACCAUGAAAUGAUUAUCAUAUGAGUACUGGAGAUGGUAAAACAACAUGUUAAAGUGACAGGACAAAUUGCCAUGUUAACCACAGAAUAUGUUACGUAAUAAAGUAUUGUUUACAUGAA